AUGGCGCGCCUUGAUGAUUUCCUGCAGCCCCUGGCGAUUGAUACCUUGACCCUGUUCAAGUUGUCAGAUGAGCUGGCGUCGACUUUCCGCGCAUUAUCCGCUGAGUCACUUGACCAGUUUUUACCGACACCGAUAUCCGAGCCAAUUUUACGCUCUGCGGCGGGUAAUCAUGGCCGAUUCUUGGCAAUAGAUAUUCUCUUCUCGUGGAUUGGAGGGCGGAUCGCGGAAGUGGUUACCAAUGGGUGCGGGACUUUAGGUCUCCUGCUCGACGCUGAACUCCCGAUGGGUGUCACAUUCAGCUUCCCCAUGCAGCAGAAGUCACUCUCCGAGGCUGUUCUGAUGCCGAUGGGUAAAGGGUUUGCCGUCACGACCAACCUUGAUCUUGCUGGGCAUCUCAUGGCUGGUUAUGAGAAGCAUAAAUCCCCUGGCAUGCCAAUCAUCAAGAUUGCUGCCAUCGCCAACGACUCCGUGGCCACUCUGGUGUCGUUUCUUUACCAGUUCCCCUCCAAACCGCAUCAGAAGGCUGCGAUGGGCUUGAUCGUUGGUACCGGCUCCAACGCGACUUUACCCCUCAAGUUGAGUAGUUUACACGAAAGUAAAAGGCCCGUCUCGAUUAGUAUCCUGCCUGGCCAGGAAGUGGCCGAUGUCAAGAUCGCCGUCAAUACCGAAUGGAGCAUCAGGGGGUCGGCACCGCCGCUUCGAAAACUCGGCCUCAUCAGCCAAUGGGAUACGGAGCUAGACGAGGCCGGCGAGAUCCCCGGGUUUCAACCGCUCGAAUACAUGACGGCUGGGCGAUAUCUCGGAGAACUUGCGCGUCUAAUAUUCCUCGACUACUACGGAAGCGUUCUCAAGUUGCCCGUAAGCCAACUACCAAGAAAAGUGCGGGAGAGAUUCGGCCUCUCUACCACGUUCCUCAGUCAUCUUUACCCAGGAAGCCCCAAGGGCUCGAUACUUCGGCUGGUCGAACAGGAGUUAGAAUCGGAGGACGCGACGUUCAGCUGGACGCUAGAGCUUGCUACAGACCUCUCCCGUAUCGCAAAGGCCAUUGAAGUACGGGCCGCCGGCAUUAUCGCCGCAUCGACUAUCGGUCUCCUACGCUGUGCUGACGAACUUCCAUCAUCCGACGCAGAUCGCACGGAAAAGACCACACUCGCGGUUGGUUACACGGGUGGUUGUAUCCAGCACUUUCAGGACUACCUAGCCGAUACGCAGCGGUUCAUUGACGACAUCUUGCGGCACGAAUUUGGUACCCAGCCACCAGUUGCAGUCAUUUUGACUCCUUGUCAUGAUGGGGGCAUCACUGGAGCCGGAAUUUUGGUCCCGGCCGCCUUGGGAAGCCAAAGCACUUCUCACGGUGCACACACUACCCUCGCGGUAGUGAUGACAAUUGAGACCCCCAACGACACUCAACGAGGCACCAUGGCCGGCGCCGAGCCGAUCGCCGCUGGGCCCCCCCGGUCAUCCCGGCGGCGCUCUCGGAAUGACGGCGACGACAGUUCGGGUAGCGAAGAGAUCGACCCCAACCAGCUAGACAUGAUGCUAUCCCGGUCCGUGCAAUCGGCCGUGCCGGUGUUGGAGCCGGAGUCCUUCCAGCACAGCAUGCUCCGGAACACCCGUGUCCACAGCCGCAGCCGGAGCCGGCGCCGUGAUGCGACCACGCCCCUUCUCCGGCCUGUUUCCACCGAGGAGGGUGAAAACGAGCGUUCGUCUUCUCCAUCUUGCGACCCCGACGACGACAGCACCGACCCCGCAAAGAGCAAGAACCCCUAUCUAGGCGGCGUCUCGGUAACGCAUUUCUGGUUGUUGUUCCUGCAGAUCAACGCCAACUAUUUCAUCGCGUGUUUCGACAGCACCAUCAUGGCGUCGAGCCACCCGGUCAUCACAUCGUAUUUUGGCGCCGCCAACUCAGCCUCGUGGUUGUCGACGGCCUUCCUGCUCACCUCGACGAGUUUCCAGCCCAUGGUGGGCGGGCUCUCGGAUGCCUUAGGCCGGAAACCGCCGUAUGUGAUUAGCACGAUUAUCUUCUUGUUCGCGACGGUGUGGUGCGCAGCGGCGCAGAGCAUGACGAGCUUCAUCUUUGCUCGGGCGUUGUGUGGGUUGGGGGCGGGCGGGAUGUUGACGCUGGGGAGUAUUCUUGUCCCGCUCAUCAUGGCAUGCUUGGCUGUUGCGAUCCUAGUUGUCCCGAACGACAUUGGGCUGGCUGGGAGGAAGAAGCAGACGCUGCGUGAAGCGAUGCGGACGUUUGACUUUAAGGGGUCCUUUUUGAUGUCCAGCGCAGUGACGAGUCUCAUCUUGGGACUGUCGCCGCACAUGAACCUGAUAUUCUCGAACCAUAUCGCUGCCUUCUUGUCCAACGCCAUUCUCUUCAACGUACCCCUUUUCUUCCAAGGCGUCCUCUUGACGACCGCCACCACCUCCGGUCUUCGUCUCGUUGUUUCAUCUGCUCUGUCCUCCAUGUGCGGGACUGCCACCGGCUUCCUGAUCAGCUACACCCGCCGGCUCAAGUGGCCUCUCGUCUCUGGCACUGCGCUCACGAUGAUUGGUACCUUCUGCCUCGCCUCUAUGCAACGCGGCUGGCCCACCUUCCUCUACAUCCUCUGCCUGCUCCCUAGCGCGGCCGGGUCUGGGUUCCAGUUCCCCGGCACGUUCAUGGCCAUCCUCUCGGUGUCGGAGCAACGCGAGCAGGCGGUCGUGACGGGCACGCUGAUGCUAUGGCGCAGUCUGGGCCAGGUGCUCGGUGUCGCGUGUAGUUCGCUGGUGGUGCAGAAUGCGCUGUGGUAUUACCUGGAGGAGUUUGUCACGGGGCCGGAGAAGGAGGAUGUGGUGGCAAGAGUGCGCAAGUCUGUGGAGGUGAUCCGUGAGCUGCCGCUGAAGUACCAAGGGUCGGUCGUGCAGAGCUAUGAGGCGGCACUGAGAGUGACAUUUUUGUUCUGCGCGGUGCUUGCGACCGUGUCAUUUUUCUUGAUCGUGCCGGUGCGGCUGCCGCGGCUUGGUAAGCGGUAG